AUGGAUCCCAGCAGCAGCAGCUGCAUGAGCAGCCCACAGGCUCCCCCCCUGCUCUGGGGCUGUGUCAGGAGCUCCCACCCCGACCUGAGCACAGCUCCAGGGCUCAGCCACUACCCAGCAGCACCAUUCUCCUUCCAGCAAAAAGCAGAUUUCGCUGCUUACUCUGAUUUCUCAGCCUCCUGCCUGGUGCCAGCUCCCCACAGCUUCCCUCAGGAGCAGCACCCCUCCUUCCAGCACCCUGAGUGGCACCUGGCAGCACCUGAGGCCACAAGAGGAGCAAAUCCAGGGCUGGCCUUGGCUUCUGGAGAGUCAGAGGGCAGCAGCACCAGCCUCGUGAGUGUGGCUGUGGAUGAAGAUGAUGAGGCACCAGCAAAUCCUACAAGUGACUCUGAGAAAAAGCCAUCCAGAAGGAAAAAGGAGAGCUCAGAGAACCAGAACUCGAGCAAUAAGGCAGAAAGCAGCAGCAAGUCAAGGAAGGAAAGGACAGCUUUCACCAAGGAGCAGCUGAGGGAGCUGGAAGCUGAAUUUGCCCACCACAACUACUUGACAAGGCUCAGGAGAUACGAGAUAGCUGUGAACCUGGAUCUCACCGAAAGACAAGUCAAAGUAUGGUUCCAAAACAGAAGAAUGAAGUGGAAACGUGUUAAAGGUGGGCAGGCAGUGCCCCCACACGAACAUGACACAGAGGAUGUGGACUCUGCUGCCUCCCCCAGCUCUGAGUAA